AUGGUCCAGCAUUCACGCGAGCGAGUUUCUCAGAAGUUUGACAGAAGCCUUUGGUAUCAGUUGCCCGGUGAAAAACGGGACAAAUGGUUUUGUCGGCUUUGUGGAGGGGGAGGCAGAGGCAGUAUGGCCGCAAAUCGUCCUAUCCAUGAGAGCAAGCCGGGUCACAAGGCCGAACUUCUACGCCAGAAAGAGUUGGCUCAGGCCAACAAGGCAGCGGCCGAUUUACUUGCGCGAGGUCCCCCUGAGAUGCAAUGGACAUCAGCUCAUGACGAACCACCAGCCCCUCCGUCACCAAGUGUUGUUUCAACCAACGAAUUGCAUGCUGAUCUGCAAUUUAUCGACCAGGACGAGUGCUUCAAUGAUCCAGAAAUCCCACAAAGUCGUGCCUCAUCUGAAUCAAGGGGAAGCAGCGAGAGCGGCGGGUGGGACGGACUCAUACCAGAGGACUUUCCCCCAAUGGGUGAUCCAACUGCUCCUGAGGCUGAAACCGCGCGUCAAGCUUGCCCCAGAAGAGUUCCAAAUCAAGACUGGUGGCCUUUCCGCGCAAAGGAGUAUCUGGUUAGCUGCUUGCUCAUUGGACACACCCGGACGAUCAUUUCUCGAGAAAUGUACCAACACGUUAGGUCAAUGUUUGAACUGUGUGGAACCCUGCUGCCCGAUUGGACUACGGUCCGACGUGGGAAGGGAAAAUUGCGAAAGAUGAUUGGUAUGGACGUUAUUGGACGCCGAUCCGUACUCAACCGCCCAGUUCACUAUCUCAGUCUCCAGAAGACACUUGCGCUAGAAAUUUCCAAUCCUGUUGUUGAGCCUCAUCUCAAAUACUAUCCCGAAAUCAGUGCCGGUCAAGCUGUGUCGCGGUUGUCCCAGUCUCGCAAGUGGCUCAAGGAACUUGGGCCCAACACUCGGGCACCAAUGGUUCGACAUGGAUGUCGAGAUUUCUACCUGCACGAGUUAGUACAGCUCAAGUCAAGUCUUAUUGUGGUACCCGAGUUCUUCUGCGAAUUAGAUGGAGAGAUGUACGCCCUAUGUCAAACACCUGAAAUCGAAAUUUGCAACGAGACUGGCCAGUUGUUGUUCAAGAUCACAAAGAACCCCCCCUUUGACUCUCCGAAGUUGUCUCGCAUAGCGGUAGCAGAGUUUGGAGUGGAGUAUCCUUCAAUGACUGUUGAUGGAGGAGGCCUCAUGUCUGACUUGUGUGGUAACAGGUUGUAUGAGUUAGGGACUGAGAGCGAGGUUAUUGGCCCCAUAUUUAAUCGGUGGCGAUUGAAGGCUGCUGGACGAGUCAUCCGUCAUAUGCCAAUCUGUUUGUAUGCCGACGACACCUCUGGCAACAGUUCAAAGAAGUGGAACAAGCAUAUAUCAUACUACUUUACCCUCGCAGGACUCCCGCCAAAACUCACCAACCAGCAUUUUAAUUGUCAUUUCCUCUCAACCUCCAACAGCGCUGGGGCGAUGGAACUGGCCGAGGGGAUUGUAGAUGAGUUGAUUACCUUGACUGAAAAAGGAUGUGUUGCCUACGACUGCGGACUGGGUGAAGAAGUGUUGAUCACAUCGAGUUUACUUUGCUUCUUGGCCGACAGUCCGAUGCAUGCCGAAAUUACAAGCACUGUCAUGCCAGGAAAUUCUCGCAAUCCGUGUCGUGCAUGUGAUCUGUCAGUCAGUAGCGUGAGCAUGAAGAAAACGAUGGCAUAUCUGCAAUUCUUUCUGCAAAUCAGUGCGGAUGGGUAUUGGAUCAAGAAUGGUCCUCGAUCGUGGAUGGGCAUAAUUGCAAACUGCUAUCUGCUUUGGGACAUCUCGAAACAGCCAAGAACAAAGACUCGAGUGGGCGUCGUGGGUGGUGAUCUGGGUGUAAAGGAUUCAGUCAACAAUGAAAUACUUCUAUUCAAGUACACUAUUCUUGCUAAGGGUGAUUCUGCCACUCCCGCCAACCAGGAAUUUAUUCGUCGGAUUGCUGUGCUUGACCAAACUGAUCAAACAAGGCUAUUUAAUCCUUUUUUCAGACUACCAGAGGUGCUGCACGUGUUCCUACUAGGGGUGGUGAAAUAUAUGGUUAGGGAUGUCAUGGCCCGAGCGAAACCGGCCCAAUUGGGAGACAUCGAAGGCUGGUACCGAUCAUUCCGGACCACAUCUCUCAACAUCCCAUCUUUAUCGCCAAACUACAUGGCCAAGCACUCGUCCAACUUUGUCGGAAAGGAAUUUAAGGUUGUACUUCAAAGUGCCCCAUUUGUCCUCUUUGAAAUGUUUGAUGACGAUGAACGACUUGCGUGGGGUGCACUCUGUGAACUGGCGCCACUCAUCUUCCAAACCCGUAUAGAAGACAUGGACUCUUACCUUGCCGACCUGCGCUUUCACAUCCAGAAAUUCCUUUAUUACAUUAUCAGAACCACAGCACAGUGGAUAAAUAAACCCAAGUUCCACAUGCUUCUGCACUUACCGGAAUCCGUCGAACGAUUUGGCCCCGCGAGUCUAUUCGCCACUGAGAAGUUUGAAAGCUACAAUGGUGUGCUACGGAACGCUUCAAUACAUUCAAAUCGGCAAAGUCCUGGAAAAGACAUUGCAAUCACGUUUGCCAACUUCAAGGUUAUCAGGCAUCUCACUUGUGGCGGAUACUUUGAGCACCCAAAGCACCCAAAGGUUUAUAUCACUUCUUCCUCGGGGGUAGCUCAGCUCUUCAAGAACAACUCACGUGUCCAAAAAUCAAUGGACUACAACGAAAAAGUGGCGUCAGUUGAGGCCGAGGCUCCUUACCCACUGAACAUUCGACUGCCCCUGGGGGAGCAGAGGCCAAUUCCGCCGCCUUUGCAAGUGCAUCUACCGGGCCGUCAGCUAUCUCAGCUGGUUGGCAUUCAAUUGAAUGCUCAUCGAGCCCUUCGAAAAGAUGUAUUUAUAUUGGUACGGUCGGCAGAGGAAAACACACUCCAUUCGGUUGGGUGCGUAGACCAUAUUUGGCAGGCAAGGAAGAAAUCAGGUGUCUCUUACUGGGUGUGCUACACCGAGUAUGAGAGGGGUAAUGUUGACAAAUUUUAUAACAUGCGGAAGGUUGUCAAGACAGGUAUUACCAAGUUUGUCAGGAUCAAGCAUAAUUGCCAUGCAGGAGGGUGUGAAGUGACUUCAACUGGGAGAGUUUGUGUCGAGCGGGAGGAGUCUGAGGAAAACAACAAGACGGUGACACACAAGGACACUGUGCAUUACGUGGUGAAUUCAAUGGAAAUACCGGGUGCGAGGGGGCUACGUCUCUGGGUUGACAUCCCACGAGGGGAAGAAGAAGUCGGGCAACUUAUCCCAAUGCUACAACGGGGUUUGGCAGUUUGGCGCAAUACAGGAGAGGAUGAGGGCCCUGAAGAGGAGUAUUUUGAUGAUCCGUUAGCUUAG